GAGAGUUUCGGGUCGGCCUCGCUUGGCCGUGCUUGGUUAAGAUUUUUCGCAAUCAAGGUGGUUGGUUUUCCACGCACGCUCCCCCGUUGCUUAGGUUAGCACGAGUUUGACAUAACGGUACCGUCUCCGACGAUUCCGUCCGGUGAUGGUUCUGCGCAUCGCGCGGUAAAAUUCUGCUUUUGCCGGUACGUUUAUUCCUUUCCAUUAUCUAAACUCACUCGUCUCACGCAAUCCAAUAGUAGUGGCGGCGUGACGUCAACUGACGCUGACUGAACGCCAAUUAAACGUGGUUUUGUUUCAACUAGAUCUGUUUAAUAUAUUCUGAACUAGUGUACACUUUUAGAACUUAAAAUGAAAUAGAUAUAUAUUUGAUAUUUGACGAAAGCAAGAAAGAGAAUUCUAAUUCAGUUGUUCAGUCCAUAGUGCAGAUAAAAAAACAAACAAAGCCCGGUGACGUUCCAUCCCAAUUGAAUUUGCGCGAUCGUACUUCAUUCGCGUGUCGGUCUCAUUCCUCUUGUUCGCUCAAUACUCGUGAAAUAUGAAAUCUCUAACGCCAUUUACUAUAACCAAUGAUUUUGCAACGGAAUAAAAAUAACACGCGGCCGAAAGAAAAUGACCCAAUCGAACAAGUUUAUUUUUCUAGAAAUGAUAUACAUAUAAGCUUUUCAGCUAUUCUGUAUUAAGAGGGGUUUACAGAGUUUAUAUUCAUUGUUUAUUAUUAUAUCUAUAUCAUUGUAGCCAUCAUUAAAUACAAAGAAGAAUCAGGACUUGAUUAUUUUAUAAAUAUGAAUACUGAUAAAGUAUCAUGUCCGAUAUGUACCAAGGAAUUCGCUUUUUCUGUUAUCGAAUCUCAUGCUAGCAAGUGUUUAUUCCUGAACGAACCUACAAAGGAUGAAAGUACAAUGUUGUUUAAAGACUCUAGCCCCAUGAGUAAAAGAAGCAAACUAAAGCCAGCAAGUGCGAAAAAAACUAAUCAAAUAUCUGUUAAAAGGAAGAGUUCUUUGGACCAGUUUUCUUCCCAAAGUUUCAAGGAUGAAGAAGAUGCUAAAGAUAUGCCACAGAAAAGUGCAGAAAACGAAUGCAAAAAGUUGCGUGGAAACGGACAUGUACCCCUCGCAGAACAAAUGAGACCUACGUCGCUACUAAACUUUGUAGGCCAAAGACAUAUCCUAGGACCUCGCACCAUAAUCUCCGAACUCUUGCAAAAAGGCGAAAUACCUAAUAUGAUUCUCUGGGGUCCGCCUGGAUGUGGCAAAACGUCUUUGGCUAAUGUCAUCGCGCACAUGUGUAAGAAUGAUGCUAAUCACAAGCUACGAUACGUUAAGCUCUCUGCUGCGAUGGCCGGUGUCCAGGAGGUAAAGGAAGUCAUUAGUAUCGCUGGUAAUCAUGCCAAAUAUGCGCAGCAUACGAUAGUGUUCAUGGAUGAGAUACAUAGAUUCAACAAGAUGCAGCAAGAUGUGUUUCUGCCGCACGUCGAGUCGGGAAUCAUUACUUUGAUCGGGGCCACGACGGAAAAUCCCUCGUUCAGUUUAAACUCUGCGUUGCUGAGUCGAUGCAGAGUGAUUGUUUUGCACAAAUUAUCCGUCGCAAAUCUGCUAUCGAUCUUGAAGCGUGCAGUAACUUCGCUGGGAGGUAUAAUACACGCAUCUCCGGAUAAAAACGAAAGCACUUUACAAGAUAUCAGUGAAGAAAACACGCUAGAAAAAAACAAAGUCAUCGAGAUGGAACCAUCCUGCAAUACAAAAUUCAUUAUAGAUGAACCGACAAUAGAGUGGUUAGCUGAAACUUGCGAUGGUGAUGCUCGAAUAGCGCUGGGAGGAUUAGAAAUGGCAGUACGAUGCAAAGCACCGAAUGAGAAGGAAUUUCUAGACAUUGGUCCAGCUAUAAUAACGCUUGACGACAUUAAGGAAAGCUUAAAGAAAACGCAUAUGUUGUACGACAAGAAAGGCGAGCAACAUUACGACAUGAUUUCUGCGUUACACAAAUCUGUCAGAGCUAGCGACGAAAAUGCUUCGCUUUAUUGGUUGACUAGAAUGAUCGCCGGCGGUGAGGAUCCGGUUUAUAUCGCGCGAAGAUUGGUGAGGAUGGCUAGCGAAGAUAUCGGUUUAGCUGAUCCGAAAGCUCUUGGAAUAGCAAUGCACACGAUGCACGGGUGCAAAAUGAUCGGAAUGCCGGAAUGUGAUGUUCUUUUGGCACAAUGUACGACAUAUUUAGCGAGAGCACCAAAAUCCAGAUUAAUGGAAGAUGCACUUAGAGCUGCGCAAAAAGUGAUAGCUGAGCAUAAGGGUCCACAACCAGGAGUUCCUCUGCAUUUGAGGAAUGCUCCCACAAGACUCAUGAAAGAUUUGGAGUAUGGUAAGGGAUAUAAUAUGAUGCACAAGGAUGAAUCUGGAUUAAGCUACCUGCCGGAGGGAUUGGAAGAUUUAGAUUUCUUUGGAGAUGAUGACGACGAUACUUAGAAAUGCUGUGCUAAUUUUUUCAAAUCUGUUACAUCCCGCAAACCCCAACUUGGAUCCUGCAAUUUCAAGGAUUCGUUG